AUGCGUGUAUGUAUGUGUGUGUGUGUGUGUGCGUGUGCGAGGCGCACAUCAUCCACACAUCAGAUCCUGCAGGUCCAUCAGCAGCAGCCGGCAGGCAGGCAGGCAGGCAGAGAAAGCCCCCCACAGCCAGGCUGCAGGAGAGACCACUGCUCCUCGCACAGCAGCGGAGGAGCGUUCGGCUGCGCGGAGCACGGAUGCUUUGCAGAGCGCAGCUCCAGGGAGCCCGUCAGUGCUAAGGAGGUGAGUGAGGGGAGACCCGGGGCACCCUUUCUCCUGCCGCCUGCCUGCCCAUCUGUCCCCAGAACGGAGGAGCCCGCCGGCCCCACCAUGUCAUCAGACCCCAGUGCCCCGCCAGCGGUGCCCCCGCUGCACUCGCCCAAGUCACCGGUGUGGCCCACGUUCCCCUUCCAGCGCGAGGGCAGCCGCAUCUGGGAGCGUGGCAACCUGCUGCUGCGGGACCUGCCCAGCCCGCUCCCCACCAAGAGGACCAGGACAUACUCAGCCACAGCACGUGCCUCUGCUGGCCCCAUCUUCAAGGGUGUCUGCAAGCAGUUCUCUCGUUCCCAGGGCCAUGGGUUCAUCACCCCCGAGAACGGCACAGAGGACAUCUUCGUGCACGUGUCUGACAUCGAGGGGGAGUACGUCCCAGUGGAGGGGGACGAGGUGACGUACAAGGUCUGCCCCAUCCCUCCCAAGAACCAGAAGUUCCAGGCAGUGGAGGUGGUCCUCACCAACCUGGCACCCCACACGAAGCACGAGACAUGGUCCGGCCAGAUCAUCGGCUCCUAGGCCCCUGGGGGGGGCCACUGGCCGCUCGGCCCCAUAGAGCAAGCCUGCCCGACCGCUCACACGGGGAACCGAGGCGGCAGCGGGGCCGGGGCUGCCCCCAAACAUGCAGGCGUUUGCGUUUGGUGUCUUUUAUAAGGUUAUGGUUUCCUUUCUCUGUGUGUGUUUGUAAGUGUCUGUCGAGGGGGACGGGGAAAGCAGAGCCCUCUCCUGCCUCUC